AUGUCCCUAUUGCCUCUUCACUGCACACAAGUGGCAGUCAGUACCAGAGGUUGGACCACUGUCUACCAGAGCAGCAAAGUAUCACCAAGGCUAUUUGUUGCCAUCUCAACCAUUGCUGGUCUGCAGUUUGCUUUCUGGGGAUACCUCUCCUACUAUGCACUCACUGAGCUGGAUCAUGUGGACAAAAGAACAACUUCCAAGAAACAAUCAAUUAUGUCAUCGUUUAAACUACGCGUUGUUGUGUCUCUGAUAUCACUGGGAGCUGGAGCCUUCUUUGCUGUGUCAGCGUUUAUGUACCCUCUACGAGUGGUUCGUAGCUUCUCUGUUAACUCUGAGUCAAUUCGCUUGGUGACUGCCACUCCAUUGGGAGGAUGCCGUCAUGUACUAGCCCCCCUCAGUCAUGUGACAUGCUCCACAUCUAGACUCACGGGCACCAAGAAAGGACUGUUUGGAGUCAAGAUCCAAGGCCACUUGUUAUACUACCUCCUAGAUCACCAGGUGUUGGACACCUCUCCUCAUGUGCGCCUCUUUGAUAGACUUAUUGCAACAAGGCAGACAAUUAUAUAA